AGCUAGUCUUAAAGGGGCCAAACACGUGGCUCCCUUUUCAGCUCCUACCCACCCACCCCUUUUUAGAGCCGAGGCUCUUCCAUUUUGGCCCUCCUGGAUUACCGCUCCCAUCUGUCGCAGUGCGGCCAGGGAUUAGGCUACCGUGGGACUUUUUGAAAAGCCCCAAAGAGAGUGUUCUAGAGAGGAGCAAAAGUGGCAGCUCUAGAAGAAGUUACUUCCUGGAACUGCGGUGCCCAGAAUCCUCCGUCCAGCAAGCUGGGGUUUGUAGUCCAGAAGCGGCUGUUUUUCCCCCCAGCCAGGGUCGGUGGAACGAAUGCAUGUAGACGACUCUUGACGUGUGGAGGAGGCACAUGAAGAAAGCCGUUUUUUAAAUAAAAAGGAAAGAGGAAAUCACACGCAUCCUGCUUGAGCUGAGACGCUGUUUGGGAUUCAUGUGCGCAACACAGUCUUAGGGAUGUGCUCUGCCUUUCUUGUCAUUUGACACACACAAACACGCAGAGAGAGUCUUCUCCCACCCCCUGGCUAGAGGAAGCUGCCUCGUCAUGUACAGGCUACAGAACCACCGCAAGCCUUCCGAUGUUGCUUUUCCUUCUCAAGCCCGCCCGGCUGUCGGUUCCUGUGCUGUGCUGUCCUAUAGCAGGUCGAAUGGCUGCGGCGUGGCUCUUCUUGUUGACGUUCUCCUUGAACCUUCUCGUAGUUGGCGGUUUCAGGCUCCCCGCGAUAAGCUUCCUCAUCCAAGAGGGGCCCCCAGGAAAAGAUGUGGGGGCGCACGGACCAGCUGGCAACGAGGGUCCUGCCUUGGCGGCCCCCCAAAAGUGGGAGUGGAAAGCAGCAGCCGAAGGAGAUCUCGGACGUCCCUUAGCCUCCCGCAGAAGAAGAGAUGGCGGGAUGGUGUCUAAAGACUCUACAAAUGAACUACCCAAGAAAAGUCUGCCAGUCAAAGCUGAAGAUAAGGUUUCUCUUGGGUUGACCUCUGGAGGCAAAAUGGCGAAGCCUGCUCCUAAUGUCACCACAGCAACUGCCUCCCGAGGCAAGGUCUCUCAAGACGUGGCAGCUUCUGCCUCCGACGGGGUCGCCCAUUCCAAGACUCCCAAACAGGCCGUCCCGUCUCCCGCUCAGAAGUCCGGCCCCAACGUUGGCGAAGCCUCCGCUGUAACCAAAGGUGCUCAAGAUGGUGGGCGCCAUUUUGUUUCCAAAGGCGGUCCAGUUGCAACCCUCAAUUCCUUGGAAGUCGUGCUUCCUGGAAGGGAAAAUGCCUCCGUUUCUCUUACAGAAGCAGGGGACGUUUCAACCACCACUGAACACUGGCCGUGGCUGCACGACGUGACUAGCGACACCCCUCAGACGUUGACGGAGGGUGAGCGGGUUGCCACGUCGGCCCCGUGGCAGGAAGGGAAGAAAAAGAGAAAGGGUGAUUUCAGAAAAGCUGUGCCGAGUCCCACCACAGAUGGGUCGUGGAUGCACGACUUGUCCACUGCCUCCGCGCUUACUUGGGUGGAUAAUUUAGAUCUUUCCAUGGCAACUCAUGAGGAGGAAAGAGACACACACCAGCCUAUCCCAAGAGCGAAGGGAAGGAGCAUUGAUUCUCCCAAAACGGUUAGCACAGGUUGGCCGUGGUUAGAGGAGAUCUCUAUUCCCUCGUCCCAAACUUUGAUGGAGGAUUACGAUGCUUCCACCGUGAUUCCAGGGCAAAUCUUGGGCACAGAGAAGACUGGCCGGAAGGGAAAAGGAAUGGACGGUUCCCGUUUGAGACCCGCCACCACUGGGGGUCCCACGGCAGCCACUAGCAGCACCACCGCCUUGGUGAAACCUCCCCCUGCCGUGUCUCCCAGGGGCCCCCCCGACCUUCUUGGCAAGUGUUUACUGGCCAUCCUGCUGCUGGCCCUCGUGGCCGCCAUCUUCAUCGUGAUCACCACCGUUCUCGCCAUCAUUCUGUGGCGCCAGAAGCGGGCCUCUAAGCGGAACGGCCAGAACCACACCGAGAUGGUGUGCAUUUCCUCCUUGCUGGCUGCGGAAGAGGCCGAAGAAGCUAAGCAGAGGCAGCCCAAGGCGAAGAGGCUGAAAAUGUUGGGGGACAGCAACGGGUUGGAGACGGAAAUGGACAACUUGACUCUGAACAGCUUCCUGCCCGAGCAUUGACCCAAACUCUUUCAGGACCUGGAAAAGCGCUUUAACUACAACUCCCAGAAUCCCCAACCAGCCUG